GGAGAACCCCCAGCUGCUCCAGCAUGGCCGGGGAGGAGAGUGGGGCUCCCCAGGACAGAAGAUCUCCAGCGGAGCCCUACCAAGUGACCGAGGUCAUCCCUCUGCAUGCUGAUGCUGAAUUGCUGCCUCUGUCUGAUGUGGAACAGGAGGCAGUGGAUUUCAUCCAAGCCAACAGCAUCAGCAAGGAAAUGGAUCUGGUGCAGAAGCUGCAGUUCCUCAACAGCAUUUGCAUACUGUGCAGCACCGCUGGACAGAAGGGCCUCACACUGAGCCCCAAUAUCUUCUGCUUGCUCAAAAAUCUGUGCAAGAAGAUUGAGGUGAGGGGACAUGGCACCCAGGUAGCUGCACCCUGUGAGAAGGACAGGACAGGGGGAGAGGGAGGCAGGGAAAUGACGCACAGACACCCAAGUGCCCCAGAUGGGACUCCAGGUGCUGCUGAGAGCUCAGCAGUGGAGGUGGACAGCAGCACCAGUGUGCCAGUGUUUGUCAAGGGCCACUGGGGCGACUCAGGCCCUAGCGGCCGGUGGCAGGUUUGCUGUUGCUGGGUGCUGGCAGCUGCCAGGUGCCAUCCUGAUUGUGCUUUGCAGGUUCUGUUGUGUGAGGAGCCCAUGGAGAAGUUGGUGGUCCAUGAUGGAUGUUCAUAUCCAAAGUCUAAUUUUAAAUACUUACUCAGGAGGCAGAUUCGGGGGUUCCACUCUUUCACACUUCCACUGGAUGCAGAGAACAGAAAUUUUUAA